ACCCGACCGGUCGUCCCGGAAGGGGCUCUGUGGGCGGGGCCCCGGAAGGAAGUCCCGCCCCUGCUGCGCCAGCGACGUCUGGGACGCUGCAGUGUACCUGGCUCGGUAGUGGAGGCCCUUGCAGAUCUGAUUCCGGAGCUGCCAUGAUUGAAGUGGUAGCGGAGCUGAGCCGGGGUCCGGUGUUUCUGGCGGGGGAGGCGCUGGAGUGUGUGGUGACUGUCACCAACCCUUUACUCCCUACGGCUACUUCUGCAUCUAGUGAGGCCCUGGCCUGGGCCAGUGCCCAGAUACACUGCCAGUUUCAUGCGAGUGAGAGUCGGGUAGUACUGCCUCCCCCUGACGCCAGUCAACCAGAUGUCCAGCCUGACAGCCAGACUGUCUUUCUGCCUCACCGAGGUGAAAGGGGUCAGUGUAUCCUUUCUACCCCACCAAAGAUUCUAUUUUGUGACCUGCGGCUAGACCCUGGGGAAUCAAAAUCAUACUCCUACAGUGAAGUGCUGCCCAUAGAGGGACCACCCUCCUUUCGGGGUCAGUCUGUCAAGUAUGUCUACAAACUGACCAUUGGCUGCCAGCGCGUCAACUCGCCCAUCACUUUACUCAGGGUCCCUUUGCGGGUUCUUGUGCUGACUGGCCUUCAAGACGUCCGGUUUCCCCAGGAUGAGGCUGUAGCCCCAUCCAGUCCAUUCUUAGAGGAGGAUGAAGGCGGAAAGAAGGAUUCAUGGCUAGCUGAGCUGGCUGGGGAGCGUCUCAUGGCUGCCACGUCCUGUCGCAGCCUCCAUCUGUACAAUAUCAGUGAUGGCCGAGGGAAAGUUGGGACAUUUGGCAUCUUCAAAUCUGUGUACAGACUCGGCGAGGAUGUGGUGGGGACCUUAAACUUAGGAGAAGGAACUGUAGCUUGUUUGCAGUUUUCAGUAAGCUUACAGACUGAGGAGUGUGUACAGCCUGAGUACCAGCGGCGCCGUGGGGCAGGGGGUGCCCCCUCCGUGUCUCAUGUGACUCAUGCCCGGCACCAGGAGUCCUGCCUACAUACAACCAGAACCAGCUUCUCUCUCCCCAUCCCUCUCAGCUCCACCCCAGGCUUCUGCACUGCCAUUGUGUCCUUGAAGUGGCGAUUACAUUUUGAAUUUGUAACAUCCAGAGAACCAGGAUUGGUACUGCUGCCCCCUAUGGAACAGCCUGAACCUGCCACCUGGACAGGUCCCGAGCAGGUGCCUGUAGAUACCUUCAGCUGGGACCUCCCCAUCAAGGUGCUGCCUACAAGCCCCACCCUGGCCUCAUAUGCUGCCCCAGGCCCUAGCACCAGCAGCAUAACCAUCUGACACACUGGCCUACUUGCCCAUGCUGGCACUGGAUUCUUCAGGACACUAAGAAUUCUGCACUUGGACUGUGAUAGGGCCCUCUUUUUCCACCUGGGGCCCAAUGGCAGAUGAGAAGCAGGCUUUCAGCUGUAGCAUUAAUUUAUUUAUUCAGAGUAAAUUGGCAGCUGCUAGUGGUUUCUCUGGAAGUGGCCGCAGCAGUGAGCAGUCAGCAGAUGGGUGGUCAGGUGAGUCUAGCUGGAGUGGGGAGCAGGAGCCCCAGGAACAGGGGUGUUAGCUGAGCCCCACUCUAGGUCCGGCCCUCUGCUUUUGCAGGGCAGCCGAGGAUCAGAUUUUUGCACCAAGGAAAAUUGGCAGGUUCCUGCCUCCCGACGAACCUCACACUCAGCAGGGAAGUCAAUGGGGUGCUGAGACCUGGGGAAUCAGGGAUGGGGAAAGCAUCAGCACAGAGAACCAUCACUUCUGUGGACCCCUAUUUCCUCUCCCAGCUGGCUUCUCCUAUCCUCCUUUAGUGUCCCCUGGUCCUCCAAGGCUCUUUGCUACUAUGUAGACUUGUUGUAUAGGAGGAGUUUGUCUCUUCUAGAGCCACCUCAGCCUCCGUCACCUUGUGACUUCACAGCUUCUCUCACUCUCGUGGCUGUCUGCAGGUCUGGCUAGUCUCCUGCUGCUCUCCUGUUCAUUCUUAUCUUCCAGCAGUUUAGUCACUCUCCAGUCACCCCUCAGUAACUUACCCCAGAGGCAUUCCCUCCUGCCAUUUCUGGUUACUCACGUGUCACAGCAGCCCACACCGACAGGAUGCAGACAGGUGCAGUGGAAGCAGUCUUCACGGAGCCAGGACUCACCCAGGGUGAAAUACUUGCCUUCAUAGUGACAGGGAGCUGGAGAACAGUGAGAAGCAUCAGUGGGUUGGGAGUGGUGGCAGACAAGUCUCUUCUGGCCCAGGUGGUAGGAGAUGCUGGUACAUACUAUCCCUGUAUUUAGUCUCUCCCAGUUCACAGCUGGAGAAAAUCUGGGUAUUCUGACACAGGGUCACCUCCGAGCCCUCGCUGCCCCCUGUUCUGUCCCCCAGUUCCCUUGGCUUUACAGCCUUUCCUAAGCCCUCUUUCCACUUUACCUUGAGCUUGGAAGUAACAUUUGGUGUGGACUCCUGGGCAUUGCAGGAGUAGAGACAACACCAAACAGAUGACCCCCCAGCCUCCUAGGGUACCCUUGGCCUCUGUAGCCCAGAGCAUCCUUAGCCCCAUUCCUGUGGUGCAGCCCUCUCAGACCCUUCUUAGCUUCUGCUCAGGCUACUCUGAUCUUCUCUCUUCGGUUUUUCUCUGCUUUGCCCCUUGGGUUUGUUUCUCUCCCUGCCCUCUUGCACAGGCUGAGGAUGUUUAUAAAGUGAGGACCCUGGCCCCCUGCUGAGUUGAGCUGGAAAGGCUAUAACUCUGUUUCCUGAGGUGAAGGCGUGAAAACAAGAGGUCCAGGUUUAACAAGCGGUCCAGGUUUAACAAGCUGUGAGAGCUGAUUCAUGCCCCCAGCACAGCUUUAGGGAGGGUGGUGGCCAUGGAGGGGGCACUGAACUGGGCACAUCCCCAGCAAGGAGGUGGGAGGAUGUAGGCCCCAGGUGGUCACCAGAUCUCUUCCCCCACCUGGAGAGAAAGCCUUCUGCCAUCUUCCUUCCCCCCACUACCACCACAAGUGUUGUGUUGGGAUCCCUGCCUUGACUUGAGGGAGGCACUUCCUGGGGAUGGCUGAUCCUGUGCCCCAGCCAAACUAGAGCUGCGGUAGGGUACAGUAGCCAGUGGUUCCGGGAGAGAGCAUGCACCUGGAGUGCAGUGUUACCCUAGGAUCCUGGCAGGGUUUGCCUCUUGGAUCUGAGAAGCAGGAUGGGGAGGGCUUUCUCUCUCUCUCGCUCUUUUUUUUUUUUUUCUGUUAUCCCGGAAAUCAAUUAUCCAUUGUUUUGUCACUUUCAGACAUUAAAUGGAUAUCAGAUUAUCCUAGGCUUGGGAUGUUUCUGUUCUUUCAAAGAGGAACAUUGCCUUGAAGCCCCCAAAGAGUAUCAAUCACCAGUUUCACAGGAAUCAGUCAUGAGUUUCCUCAUGAUGGGAUUUAGAAAUUAUCCUCCUUUGAGCUUCCUGCAGGUUUUGCAGUACCUACGAUAGUGAUGGAGAGCAGAGGGUAGAGUCAGGCUCCUGGGGUUCUGUCUGACUCUACUUCCUAGCUGUGUGACCUCGGGGAAGUUACUUCCUUUUUCAGCCUAUUUCCUUAUCUAUAAGUUGGGAACAAAAAUGCCAACUUAGAGUUGUUUUGAGGUACUGCUCUGAGUGCCAUCUGUGUGGCACACAGGCCCCUCAGAUGAUAGCUACAAAGAGGGUGUUUCUUUGGACGAUACCAAGCAGUUUUGUAUACACAGCUGAGGGUUUCUACUGGGGACUUCUGGCUGACUUUGUCUCUUUUGUGCUCACCUCCCUGAUAAACCCACCACCUUCUUCAGAAACAGGUGCCCUCAGGAGCAUUUUAUUUUUGGUCCUUACAUUCUUGAACUCUGGAUUUGGUUUGAGAAAUGACGUUGCUGAUUGUCUCAUCUUUUUUUUGUCUUUGUUUGUUUUUUGAGACAAGGUCUCACUAGCUAUUCCAGGCUGGCCUUGAACUUGCAGUGAUUCUCCUGCCUCAGCCUCUGGUUCUGGGAUUAUAAGCAUGCGCCACUAUGCCUGUCUUCUUAUCUUUUUUACAGCCACUUUUAGGACUGCUCCUUUUUCUCAUUAGAAUUCCGACCCUUUUCUUCCCAUCCCCACUCACAUGAAUUCCCAACUUCUUUGUCUCUGUCUCUGUCUCUGUCUCUGUCUCUGUCUCUGUCUCUCUUCUAUCUCUCUCUUUCUCUCUCUCUCUCUGUCUUUAAAUAGUACUGGGAUUUGAACACAGCAGUCACACCUAUACCCUUUUUAUUUUAAUCAGGUAUUUUUUAUUUUUUAGUUUUUUCACCCUUUUUAUUUUGAGACAGUCUCACUAAGUUGUCCGAGCAGGGCUCAAACUAGUAGUUCUCCUGCGUCAGCCUCUGAGAGUGCUGGGAUUACAGCCAUGCACCAUCAUGCCUGCUCAGUUCUUCCAUUUGAGCCCUCUAAUGUUGGCCAUAAUUUUGGUGCUACAGGCCCUAACCAAUUGGAUUUAUUUCACUUUUCUGCACCUCAGAGGGCCAUGUUCCAGCUAUUCCCUUCUCACCUCCAGGAAGAAUCACUUUGGCAUUUAAUCUCUUUUUUUCCUUAAGUUCCUACUCAUUUACUGCAAGACUCACUUGGUCACCUGGUCUAUCAGAUGCAACUACUUCUGAAAGACUUCUGCUAAAGUCGCCUCUUCCUUCAGAAUUGACUGUCCUUCCUUCAGAAUUGACAGACUUUUUCAGUGUCCUCUUCUAAGAUAGCCUUCCCUUUCCCAGGAGUGUCAAGAGCAAAAGGAAACUACAUUUGUAUCAGGGUGGGGUGAGGCAGGCUGGUGUUGGGAGGCACUACAUUGGACUGCUCAGUUGGCUGGAGCAGGAGGAUUAGAAGGCCUGUAUAGCACAGAGAGAUGGGGAAGACUGGUCAGUGGUCAGUAGCUGGGGAGCUGCCUUUGGGCAGGGCCAGAGGUGGGGGCUGGGGAAUGCCUUCUGCAAUUCCAGGAUGGACCCCAAUAGGAAGCAGGAGAGAAUGGAGGCAUUGGUGAUACCAGGUGAGGGGGAGCCCUUUGGGUAUUGGUACCUGUGGGGUAAGGCAGGAGAAGUGAAGGUUAGCCACCUGCCAGGGUGAUGAUGACUUGGGCAUUGGGCGGGGGUGCUUCAGGAAAGGCAGAAGCUGAAACGGGCAAGGAUUCCACUCAUCCUUGGGGGUUGAGGAUUUGAGCUCCUAACGGAGCGUGUGUAUAUGGGCUGUCGGUGCUUGGGCUUAGGCCAGGAGUCCCGGGGGAGCGGCUGUUUGGGACUCUGGUGGCAGGGUGGGAGGAGUGGUUGGUGCGCGCGGCUCCGGGACAAGGAAAACAUCCGCCGGAGGCCCUGCUGGGCUGUGCUCCAGCAGCAGCGGGCAGGUGUGCGGGGAAAGGAAGUGAGCCAAUUCCGGUCCCCUAGGCUGGUGGCUGCCCUCCCCCUCCGGUGAGUCACCUUGACCCUUGCCCGCACUGGGAGGUAGAGAGCAGCCACCUGAGGGGGUCCCAGGAAACGAAUUAUGGGAGAGGGGUCACUGAGGGGCCUUUGCCUUGGUGUGCCAAAAGCACGCUGAAGAGUGUCGUUGAAUGCAGGCGGGUUGGGGGAAAAGCCACUGGGAGAAUCUCCAGGGCAGGAGGAUGGAGUAAAGGGAAAGGGGUCUGUGGACAUGAGGUGGGAGGAGGCCCAGAAAGGAAAGUAGGGUGCUGUUGGCAGAGUAACAGGAAGGAAUGAGGCCAGGUUGGGCUUUGGAGAACAGGAGAGAGUCCAUCAGGUAGGCAAUUGGCCAUUUGCAUCAUGAGGUUUGUCCAGAGGUCUGGGGACAACAAGGGUAGGUUUUAGGGAGCAGUGGGAGUCGGCUGUUUGGGUACAGCUGUGGUUAGGGCAUUGGAGGUUUUCAGGGUGUGGAUAAAGGACUCUCAUUUGGUCUUGAAGGUAGCAUGGAGCAGUGGUAUGUGGCUUAAAAGCCAGGAAUCGCAGCACACUGAGGCCAGAGGAUGCAAAGCACAGCAGAGGGAACGACUUAGGGAGACCCUGUCACCAAAUCUACAAAGGGCCCGGGAGCGACAGCGAGUAGGAUGGGGGGUCUGGGGAUACAGCUCAGCAGUAGAGCUCUCCUGGGUUGAAUCCCCAGUACUCCCCACCCAGCAGGGUUAUUAAUGGAGUAUUCCUGUCCACUAGCUUUUGCCCCCAUUCCCCACCCCCAAAAACACUGAUGUGCUCAUUUUUAUGGUCAUUUAAAACUGCAUGGUUCCAGCCAUCAUGAUUUAAGUAAUUUUGUCAGAUUUUAAAGAGCUAAGUGGAAAUAAAAUUUGAAAAGUCAAAAA